AGAGCUGAAUGAAUAUAGAAGUGAAACAAAAUAUAGAAGUGAAGAAGGAAGAAUCAAAGAAGCAUGGAAGCCUCGUUUGCAUCCUAUUGUUGUUUGUGUUUCAUCCUCUUCCUUUCCCUCUUUCCCAUCCAAUCUGUCAGCAAAUACCCAUAUUUAGGCACUGCAAACCAGACAUCCGGGUGCUCAAUCAACGAUACCAAUUCAACACCAAAUGGAUAUUAUUCAUGUGCAUAUGUUCCUUAUUCCUCAUGUUCUUCCUAUUUGAUUGCAAAAUCCAAGUCUCACAAUCAAGACUUGGGUUUCUACGAUAAAUCAAUUGGAAACACUAAUUUGUUGAUGAAGGCAGUUGGCUGUAGCUGUGGUGGGGAUCAUUUGUAUGGGAAUAUCAUGGAAUAUAAUACCACGAGUGGUGAUAGUUAUGAAACAAUAGCCAAUCAUGUUUUUUAUGGCUUCACAAGCUGUUCUAUGUUGAGAAGCUUUAACCCCAACCAUUCUAUUGAUAUUAAUGCUUCCUCAACCGAAGGAAUUAGUGUUGAAGUUUGGUUGCGAUGCGCUUGUCCUACCCAGGAUCAGAAGAAUCUUGGGAUUCAGUCAUUGGCUGUGUAUAUGGUACAACCAAAUGAGAGCAUUUCAUCAAUAGCGAGGGAUUUGUUGGUGGAGCAAGACAGCAUUUUGGAAGCAAACAUGCUUUCCAAUACAACCCAACUCUACCCAUUUACGCCUCUUUUGGUUCCAUUGAACACAUCUGAGACAUGCAAAAUCGACCCAUCUAACUCAGACGCCUGUGUAUCUCGGUAUUUGAAGUCGUAUCUCAAAUUUGUUGCUAUUGCUGCCAUCAUCUCCAUUACAUUCGCUAUUGGAAUUGGAAUGUUUUGUUGCGGUUGCGGCUGCGUCGGACAACGACUAUUCAUCAAGAGAAGAAGUCGCAAACUUUGUAAGAAAAAGUUUUUUAGGCAAAACGGAGGCCUUCUAUUGCAGCAAAAGGUACAAGAAGAUAAUGAGAGGGUCAAAAUAUUCUUACAGGAAGAGCUUGAAGAAGCAACUCAUAGUUACAGCCAAACUAGAUUUCUUGGUCAAGGAGGGUUUGGUACUGUUUACAAAGGGAUACUCCAUGAUAACACUGUUGUUGCAGUCAAAAGGUCCAAGCGAAUUGAAGAAGCCUGGAUCGAACAAUUCAUCAACGAAGUUGUCAUUCUCUCUCGAAUUAACCACAAAAAUAUUGUUAGGCUUAUUGGGUGCUGCCUAGAAGCUGAGUAUCCUUUGUUAGUCUAUGAAUUUGUUUCCAAUGGCACCCUUUCAAGCCAUCUCCACCACACAGAUCAUGGAGAAUCGUCAUCUCUUUCAUGGGAAACUCGUCUUGGAAUUGCCUCUGAAGUUGCUGGAGCUAUCUCUUACAUGCAUUCUGCAGCUUCAACUCCCAUCUUUCAUAGAGAUAUCAAGUCUCUUAACAUUCUUUUGGAUAAUAAUUAUAGUGCAAAGGUUUCUGAGUUUGGGACUUCCAGAUUUGUUUCAUGUGAUCAAUCUCAUUUGACUACGAGAGUGCAUGGAACUCUUGGAUACAUUGAUCCUGAGUACUUUAGAUCAAGUCAGUAUACUGAAAAGAGUGAUGUAUAUAGUUUUGGAGUCGUAAUGGUAGAGCUUUUAACGGGGAAACAUCCUACCAUAUUUGCAAGAAAUGAGGAACGAAAUCUAUUAGAGGACUUCAUUGCAUUGGAAAAUGGUAAGGAGGUUGUUGGAAUUGUGGAUAGUGCAAUAGCCAAAGAUGAAGAAACGAUGGAGGGUGUUAACUUGGUGGCAAAACUCACGGCCAAAUGUUUAAGAGCAAAUGGGAAAGAGAGUCCUACAAUGAAACAAGUGUAUUUACAACUAGAGGGAUUGAGGAAGGCUCAAGCUCAACGUUGUUCAACAUCCAAUUCAUUUUGCUCUAUGGCUCCUAGUGAUGAAGAUCUUCCAAGAUGACAACA